CAAAAGUGAAGCAAGUUCUGUGGAGAUGAUUACAGAGAUAAACUCAUUAAAUGGAGGAAUAAUCUCAAUUUAAACCAUUAAUAUUUUUAUGAGGGCUAAUAUGGAUGGUAAAAUGAUCGGACCAGGACCUUACAGGGCGACAAAGUUGUGGAAUGAAACUAUAAAGCUCUUCCGUGGUGGGAUGCCAGUAAGGCGACACUGGGCUCAUUUCAGGUGUUAUGAUCACAGUUUCACCGGUGCCGAGGCUGUCGACUUCCUCCAUGAACUGCUCAGGCUGAACCAGAACUUUGGACCAGAGGUGACACGCUACCAAACGCUCCAGUUACUCCGAAAAUUCCUCAAAAAUCACGUUAUCGAGGACGUCAAAGGGCGGUUUGGCAAAGAGGAUUUGGAAGACAAUGGACAUCUAUACAGAUUUCCUCCACAAUCCCCUCUGAAGCCUCUUCCUGUGCGUCCACCUGUAAGAGAUCCCGGCUCAGUUCCUAGAAUUCCACGCUGGGAUGAUUAUGAGGACAUACAAGUGCCGGUAAAGAUACCCAUGAAACCUCUCAUUCUAAAUUCAGGGACAUGGAAUAAGAGGCACAGCAUCGCCAUUGGGGAGGUACCAGAGUGCAAAUUGAUCCGGAGGAGAGAGUUAACCCCGAAACAUGUGGACCAGAUAUGGAAAUCGAUGACACUAUCACAUUUGCAGACUGUUUUGGGUCUCCAGUCAUUGGACGGGGUUCUAGACACAAAACUUCUGAGUCCAAAGCACAUCGUUCAUAAUGUUUUUGGGGUUAAUAAGCAAGGCAUUGUUGUCCUGAAGAACAAAGCAGAGGAUUCCCCUCACUGGGUGUUAUCUGCAAUGAAAUGCCUGGCAAACUGGCCCAAUGGCUGUGAUAACAGGCAGCCCACAUAUCCAGGGUUCGAGAGAGACGUCUUCAGGACAGUGGCGGAGCAUUUUCAGAGACUGAAAGAGCCACUGUUGACUUUUCAUCUGUAUGAAAUAUUUGUCAGUAUUUUGGGGCUUCUACAGCAGCCGUUGGUUGUGGUUGAAGCGUUGCAGGUUUGCUGCCUACUGCUGCCUCCAGCCAACCGGCGUAAACUGCAGCUGUUAAUGCGACUGAUGGCUAAAGUCUGUGCCAACCCCUCACUGCCCCCUCUGAAUGACACCAUAGGAGCACGUACGCUGAUGGUCCAGACCUUUUCUCGGUGCAUCCUGGGCUCUGCGGAUGAGGUGGAUUUGGACGAGCUGUUGGCAACCAAGCUGGUCAUGUUUAUGAUAGAUAACCACGACAGUGUGCUGAAGGUGCCGUCCAACUUGAGAAAAUCUGUCGAGGAACAUCUGUCACACCUGAGAAGAGCUCAGAUAAAGUACGCAGGUGCUGACACGGACACCUCCAUGAUGUCUCCACCACACUCGUCCUGCAGACAGAUCAGCAGUGAAGAGUUUGAGGAGCAGAGAGUCUCAGGAUCUCACGGGGCCAUCGUGGAUCUUCUGGAGAACAUCAUACAUGACAAGAACAUGUCCAUUAAAGACAAGAAGAAGAAACUCAAACAGUUUCAGAAGUCUCAUCCCGAUAUCUACCGCAGACGGUUUCCCACAGCUGAAAGUGAGGAAGCGGUUUUCCCAGAGAAACCCCAGAGAAUCAAACCUCAGCUGAUGUUUCUCACGCUGAAGAAACCGUUCCAACCCUUUCAGAGGAGCUGGAGCUUUCGUGCUUGAAUCAGUAGUGCGGUUAGUUUGUCACUUGGAUAGCCAUGCUAAGUAUUAUUAUUAAGGAGAGUUAUUACUGAAUAUCAAAGGCAGGUCAUUUCUUGAUGUUUUAUAGAGCCGUUCUGCUAUUAAAAAAUGGUUUGAUCCUCAAUCUAAAUAACACCAAAUACACCUCAUCAAUGAUUAGUUGACUGAAUUGUUUGGUUAAGACAAAGUAUAAUGCUGUGCAUUUGAAUCCUAUGGGAACGGGCCUAAAAAUAAUAAUAAAUAUGGUUUAUACUGGAUAUGCAAGUAAUCUUUUAUUAUAGCCCAAAUAAACUCCAAAAGGCAUCAGUUGUGCCUAUUUCACAUGGUUUUCAUAUAUUGUGUGACUAAAAAAAAAAUCUGCAACAUUUCCGAUCACUUGAAUUCUAUUUUUUAAUGAGCUGUAUUUUUAUUUGUAUUUUGUUUACCUUCAGUUAUAUCAGCUGCAGGUGUUUUGUACCUGCUGUCAAGUUCAUGUUGUCACUGAUAAUUAGCGACAGGGUUUUAGUGCUGGUCACCAGAAAAUGUCUUUUGAAAAGUCUUCUUGUAAAAUAAAUGAACAAGCUCUGUCAGAGAUCUCAACUACUGAUGUAGUUACAACUGCAUACUGUAUAUUUCUGUUUCUCUUUUUUUAUACAUCAAUGUUUUCUUUGUUUUAACUGAUUUGUGGUCAAGUAUAUUUGUGGUUAUGCAUUAAGUUGUCCUUUGCAGUCCUUAUUUGUGUUUGGUCUGCUUUUAAAGUAGUUUUUAUAGUUUGUCAGUUUUUAAUGAACAUAUCUAACACUGCACAAAACCUUGACAUUUUAUCACUUGUUUAUUUAUGAGGUUUUAUUUACUGUCUUACCGAUCUUACACUGUCUCAAUGCUGGAAGUAUUGUGUAAGCAGCAUGUAAAUGUUUCAUCCGUGUUUCUAAAAUAAUGGUUCAGUGAUCUCAACUGUAACACAUGAUACGUUUCUCAAAUGUUGUAUGCUUUCAAAUGUAUUUUGUGAAGAAAUGCUGGAGUUACUGUUACUGAUUUGGACGUCUACACUGUGAUAAAAUA